AAGCCUUCCUUCCAUUCGCUGCCGCCUGUUGCGCGGCUGGGGUUCAUGACGCCGCCUGCCGGUUGUAGCGAGCUGUUGGCCGCCAUCUUCAACAUCAACACCUCUCCCCUCUAUCUUUGAUCUCACUGUCCCACGACAUCAAUGCCACCAGUCUGAGCUUCACUGGCCAUUGUGCACGAUCUUACAACUAAUAACCCGUCAUGGCCAGUCCUCCGGCAGUGGAAGAUCAGGCUCGAUUGCUGGAAGAUGCCUUGACUGUAGUGAGGCAGCAGACGCAUCUGAUGCGCAAGUGCUUGGAAACACCUGGGAAGCUUAUGGAUGCUCUGAAAUGCAGCUCCACCUUAGUAUCAGAGCUUCGGACAAGCAGCCUGGGACCGAAACAAUACUACGAACUUUACAUGGCAGUAUUUGAUGCCCUGCGACACCUAUCUUCCUACUUGAAAGACUCCCAUCCCGUUAACCACCUCGCGGAUUUGUAUGAGCUGGUCCAAUAUGCAGGCAACAUCAUACCCCGAUUAUACCUAAUGAUAACGGUUGGCACGGUGUACAUGUCAAUCGAAGAUGCGCCGGUCAAAGAGAUCAUGAAGGAUAUGAUGGAGAUGAGUAGAGGAGUGCAGCAUCCUAUUCGAGGCCUUUUCCUACGAUAUUACCUCUCCGGCCAAGCGCGGGAUAAUCUACCUUUGGGCAAUGGGGAUGGACCAGAAGGGAACUUGCAGGACUCGAUCAGCUUCACCUUGACCAAUUUCGUGGAGAUGAACAAACUGUGGGUAAGAUUGCAGCAUCAGGGGCAUUCGAGGGAGAGAGAGCAACGGACACAGGAGCGGAAAGAGCUUCAAUUGCUUGUCGGAAACAAUCUGGUCCGUUUGAGCCAGCUUGUGGAUCUGGAGACGUACAAGAAUGUGAUUCUGCAGCCAUUGUUGGAGCAAGUGGUACAAUGUCGAGAUGUUUUGGCGCAAGAGUAUCUCUUGGAAGUCAUCACGCAGGUUUUCCCGGACGAAUACCACCUUCACACCCUGGAUCAAUUCCUGGCAGCUGUCUCCCGUCUGAAUCCUCAUGUCAAUGUCAAGGUUAUCGUUAUUGCGCUUAUGGACAGACUUUCAUCAUAUGCUGCUAGGGAAUCUGAGGCACAUCCCAAGGAAGAUCGAGAGAAGUUGGAGCAGGAGGCGAUUACCAAGUUGCUGGAGAAGGUAAAAUUAAGCCAAGAGAAGAAACCAGAACCACCUGCUGCGGAAGCAAAUGGGGAGCAGCCACCGGCGGAGACCAAUGGAUCCGAGGCACCAAAACCAGCAGAAACUGAGGAGCCUGCAACGAAGGAGGAAUCCAAAGAACCCGAGGCCAGCGAACCAGUCAAUGGUACAGACGGAGCGGUGGAAGAGAAGAAGAGCCGAGGUAUUCCAGAGAAUAUCAAGCUGUACGAGAUAUUUUUCGAGCAAGUUAUGAACUUGGUUAAUGCUCAGCAUCUGCCAAUUCAAGACACAACUGCUCUACUUGUUUCCCUUGCGAACCUCGCACUCAACAUCUAUCCUGAGCGCCUGGAUUAUGUUGAUCAGGUACUGGAUUAUGCCAAUCAGAAAGUCAAGCAACAUGCCAAUAGCGCGGACCUACACCAUGCCGACUCACAAACCAAUCUCCUAAACCUUCUUCUGGCGCCAAUGAAAUCUUACGUUUCCUUAUUUACAGCGCUGUCACUCCCGCAAUACAUUCCGCUUCUUCACUCCCAGACAUAUCCCACUCGGAGAGCUGUGGCUGGUGAGCUGGCACGAAACUUACAGAAGAACCUGAUAAUCAUCUCAACGCUUCCCCAGUUAGAAGGAGCUCUCGAGAUUUUGAAGGUGCUGAUCAAGGAGGGUACUCAACAACCUGCUGGAUAUCCUGGCGUUCAACAACGGAAAGCUAUCGAAACAGAUGAGACGGUUGAGGAGCAGGGCUGGCUUGCUCGGAUAGUUCAUCUCAUCCACAGUGACGAUAAUGACACCCAGUAUAAGCUACUUCAGAUGACGAGAAAAGCAUACGCUGAAGGAAACGAACGAGUCAAGUUCACAACCCCAGCACUGAUCACAUCUGCAAUGAAAUUGGCAAGGCGGUACAAAUCUAGAGAACAUUACGACGACAACUGGGAGUCGCAGUCAUCGGCGCUGUACAAGUUCAUGCACUCUUCUCUAUCGACGCUGUACACCCGUGUACCAAGUUCUGCAGAAUUGUGUUUGAGAUUGUUCGUCACUUGUGGUCAAAUAGCUGACCAGACUGGAGCAGAGGAAGUUAGCUACGAGUUCUUUGCUCAAGCUUUCACUAUUUAUGAGGAAGCCAUCAGUGAUUCGAGAGCUCAAUUCCAAGCCGUUUGCAUCAUUGCUGGAGCACUACAUGAGCUCAGGAACUUUGGAAGGGAGAAUUACGACACUUUGAUCACCAAAUGCGCUCUUCAUGGCAGUAAAUUGCUGAAGAAGCCAGAUCAAUGUCGGGCUGUGUACUUGGCAUCCCAUCUAUGGUGGGCAGUGCCGAUUGUUGCCAAGGGUGAGACGGAAGAUGACGAGAAGAAGGUAUGUUGCACCAUGUGGAUACGUAGAGCAUGGACUAAUGGUUGCAGCUCUAUCGCGAUGGAAAGCGUGUUCUUGAAUGUCUUCAACGAGCUCUUCGUGUUGCUGACGCUUGCAUGGAUACCGCCGUUUCAGUUGAACUCUUCGUUGAGAUCCUAAAUCGUUACGUCUACUACUUUGAUCAACAGAACGAUGCUGUUACCACAAAAUAUCUCAAUGGUCUUAUCGAACUCAUUCACUCCAACCUCCAAACUAAUCAAGAAUCCGCUACUAUCGACAUGCCAAGACGCCAUUUCCAGCGGACAAUAGAAUACAUUGCAUCGAGAGAGUAUGAUGGCGUGGUAACGAGUGCGGCAAAGUGAUUACGGGAGGAUUCGGCUGUUCAGGGGCUAGCCCAUUUGUAAGAAAGUUUGAUGGAGGUUUGGUGACUUACAGCACGCUGAGCUCACUUUGGCCAGUAUGUCUCUUGGGCUGGGUUGCAGACAUGGAGAAGAUAGAGAACUGCACUGUCGAGCUCUUGGCAGGCUAUUUGUAAUAUUCAGAGAAGAGAAAUGAGAAGCUUGGAGGGUGAUCACAUGACCUUGGCUCGGUGUUUCCGGAGUUGCUUUGUGACAUUAUAUUGCUGUCUUUUUUCUCUAUAGCGAGAUGACAUCCAUCGCAGAAC